ACAUUUGAACUUUAGCCACUAAGUAGAAUAACGGCCAUCCGUAGGUCAAAAUUGGUACUUGAAUCCAAUUGAUCACGUCUCAUCUGAUGCUCCGAAGUCUUCAAUUCAGCAUUCAAUCUGGCGGAAGAGAAGCUCUCUUUCCUGCUCAAACGCCAAUCUAUUGAUGUGAGAGCCGUUCAUGGGUUGUCUUUGAAGAUGGGUUUUCUCCAAUCCAUCUUUCUUUGCAACAAUAUCAUCCAUGCUUACACUGAACGCAUCUCAAUCGAGGAUGCCCGGACACUGUUCGGUGAAAUGACUGAACCAAAUGUAGUCUCAUGGACUAACUUGAUUUCUGGUUAUGCCCACAUGGGGAAAUUGACACAGGCAGUAGCUCUCUUUAGAAGAAUGCAAAAACACAACAAUGGAGAAGGAAAAGAAGAUAGAUGCAUUCCUAACUGCUUCACUUUUGGAAGCAUUCUUAAAGGGUGUACUCAUACAAAAGACCUGCAAACUGGGAUGCAAAUUCACUGUGCGACUGUUAAAUAUGGGUUUGAAUCUGACACAUUUAUAGCUAGCACACUUGUUCACAUGUAUGCUAAGUUUGGGCAAAUUGAGAGCUCAUGGAAGGUCUUUGCUCAGACCGAAGACAAAGAUGUGGUAACUUGGACUUCCAUGGUCACUGGUUUUGCCAACCAUAUGCAUCCAGAGUUCAAGAAUGCUGCAUUUAUUCUCUUCAAAGACAUGAUUAGAAAUGGGAUUUGGCCUCUAGGUGUUACCAUUUUUAGUCUAAUAAAGGUCUUUAAUGAGCCCACAAGACUUAACCAGGCAAAGCAAGUGCAUGGCUGUUUAUUAAAGCUUGGGAUUGAAGUUGAUUGUCAGCUGGGAAGUUCUCUAGUUGACAUGUAUGGUAAGUGUGAGGGAAUUGACGAAGCAAUCAAGAUCUUUUUGAGGCUUGAUCAAAAGGAUGUCGUUUCUUGGACUUCAUUGUUAGUUGCUUACUUGAAUAAUGGGCUCUAUGUGGAAGCUAUCAAUGUUUUCCGUAGGAUGGUGGUGGAGAAGAUACCGGUUGAUCCAUUUGUAGUUGCUGGGGUUGUUGGUGUUUGUUCUGGUCUAGAGAAAAUGGUGUCUGGAAAGGAGGUCCAUGGAUUUGCCAUAAGAAAGGGUUUCAUCUCAGAUGUUGCAGUUGGUAAUUCAAUUAUUACAUUCUAUGGUAGGUGGGGGGAUGUUAAAAAGGCAAAAAUUGUUUUUCAGGGCAUGGAGGUUCGAGAUGCUAUCUCAUGGACGGCAUUACUAUCUUGUUUCACACAGACUGGUUUUGGAGAAGAAGCCCUCUUUUUGUUUCAGAAAAUGUGUCUCACAGGUCUUAGCUUGCCUGUAUUCAUUAUCACCUGUGCAAUAAAGGCAUGCUCUACAAUUGCAAGCCUGUCUGUAGCCAAUCAGCUCCAUUCAAGGACUAUCAAGAUGGGGUACUGCGAGGAUCUUUCAGUCAGAAAUUCUCUUAUUGCAAUGUAUGCAAAGUGUGGGGAUAUAGAUAUUGCUUUGAGGCUCUUUAAUUCCAUGAGUAGGAGAGACACUAUCUCAUGGAAUGCUAUAAUUGCAGCACUUUCACAGCACGGCUUUGGAAAAGAAGCUCUUGAACGGUUUCACAUUAUGAAAAUGGAAGGCUUCCAACCUGACAACUUCACUUUACUUGGAGUUCUAGUUUCUUGCAGCAACAUCGGUCUGGUCAAUGAGGGAUAUGAAUACUUCAAAUCCAUGACCAUAGAUUACAAUUUGAAGCCUAAAAUGGAGCACUAUGCCUCAAUUGUUAGUCUGCUUGGUCGAGCUGGGUCCAAGGAAACAUAAAGAUGGGAAAAUUUGCAGCAGAGAAGAUCUUGCAGAUGAAGCCAGAGGAUCCUUCUGCAUAUAUUCUUCUGUCAAGCAUUCAUGCUUCAAU